GGUAAAUCAAUUGUGGUAAUUCAAAACAGAUUUUUGUAAACACGACUACAUAGUUGUAAACACCGCGUGGGCAACUAUUCGGUGAAUUCAGUCUCACGUAUGUUCGUAGUGCACAUUUAUAGACAAAUCACACGUGAUUCCAUUGAUAGAUAAAACAAACGUCAAGAUGCCGAAAGUUCCGAAAGCUAAAUCUUCUCGAGUCCAUGAACAAGUAUUCCAACAAGGAAUAAUGUUCAAUAAGGAUUUUGGUCAGCAUAUUCUGAAAAAUCCUCUGAUUAUCCAAAGUAUGGUGGAAAAAGCAGCUGUACGUCCCACUGAUGUGAUUCUUGAAGUUGGACCUGGUACCGGAAACAUGACAGUGAAAUUGUUGGAGAAAUCAAAGAAAGUGAUAGCAUGUGAAAUUGAUACUCGGUUGGUUGCUGAAUUACAAAAACGCGUUAUGGCAACUCCACUUCAAUCAAAACUUCAGAUUAUGGUUGGUGAUGUCUUAAAAAAAGAGCUUCCAUUCUUUGAUCUCUGUAUUGCUAAUGUGCCAUACCAAAUUUCUUCACCUUUGAUAUUCAAGUUAUUGUUACAUCGCCCUUUAUUUAGGUGUGCUGUACUAAUGUUUCAAAGGGAAUUUGCAGAACGUUUAGUGGCAAAAGCAGGAGACAAAGACUACUGUAGACUUAGUGUAAAUACACAAUUGCUAGCAAGAGUAGAUAUGUUGAUGAAAGUAGGAAAGAAUAAUUUUAGGCCACCUCCAAAAGUUGAAUCAAAUGUAGUUAGGAUAGAACCAAAAAAUCCUCCACCACCAAUUAAUUAUCAAGAAUGGGAUGGUCUAACCAGAAUAGCGUUUGUUAGGAAAAACAAAACACUAUCUGCAGCUUUUAAACAAUCAACUGUUAUGGCUAUGCUGCAAAAGAAUUAUAAAUUACACUGUAGUCUUAACAAUAUUCUCUUGCCCAAAAACUUUGAAAUAAAAGAAAAAGUAAAUGAAAUUUUGACGAAUUUCAACAUUGCAAAUAUGCGUGCGCGAACAAUGGAUAUUGAUGAUUUUAUUAGAGUAUUGCAUGCUUUUAAUAAGGAAGGCAUUCAUUUUGCAUAGUUGAUAAAUCUACUACACUCGUUAACCUUGUUGAUUUUGUAUUAUAUUUAGAAAAUAGACUUUAAUAAAAUAUUUAUCAAAAAAUAAAUACACGUUUGCUUUCAGUUUACGGGAUAGGAUAUGAUGAAGUAUUUAUCUCGAAAUUAUUUUUUGCA